UGCAUCUUUCAUUAAUAUUACUAUACCUAUGUGGGUUAUUCAAGCUGAUUUAUGCUAUAUGCCUUAUGAUCAAAUUAAAAACAAAAUUUAUAAAUUUGCGCUUAAUUGUGUAGAUAUUACUACUCGUAUAAAAUGGAGCUAUUCCUUAACUAAACGUGAUUCUGCUA